AAAAUGCCAACAUACUAGGAUUCUGCUGGACCAGUUCUACUGAAAUUGUCUUCAUCACAGAUCAAGGAAUCGAAUUUUACCAGGUGUUACCAGAGAAGCGGAAUCUGAAGCUCCUGAAGAGCCAGAACAUCAACGUGAACUGGUACAUGUACUGUCCCGAGGGCUCCGUGAUUCUGCUCUCCACCACAGUGCUUGGAAAUGUGCUGCAGCCCUUCUACUUCCGGGCUGGCACCAUGUCGAAGCUGCCCAAGUUUGAGAUUGAAUUACCAGCUGCCCCAAAGUCAACUAAACUGAGCCUCUCGGAGAGAGACAUUGCCAUGGCGACAAUAUACGGCCAGCUGUACGUUCUCUUCCUGAGGCAUCAUUCUCGGACCUCCAACAGUGCUGGAGCAGAGGUGGUCCUGUAUCACCUCCCACGAGAAGGUGCCUGUAAAAAGAUGCACAUAUUGAAGUUAAACCGGACGGGGAAGUUUGCCCUAAACGUGGUGGACAACCUGGUCGUGGUUCAUCAUCAGGACACAGAGACAUUGGUUAUAUUUGAUAUCAAGCUGAGGGGGGAAUUCGACGGCUCUGUUACUCUGCAUCACCCGGUGCUCCCAGCUCGAUCCAUCCAGCCCUAUCAGAUCCCCGCUGUUGGUCCGGCUCCUGUGACCAGCCAGUCCCCCGUCCCAUGUAAACUCUAUUCUUCAUCGUGGAUCGUCUUCCAGCCCGACAUCAUCAUCAGCGCGAGUCAAGGUUACCUCUGGAACCUCCAGGUGAAACUGCAGCCCAUAGUGAACCUCUUGCCGGAUAAAGGCAGGCUCAUGGACUUCCUCCUGCAGAGGAAGGAGUGCAAGAUGGUCAUCCUGUCUGUGUGCUCGCAGAUGUUGACAGAGUCAGACAGAGCGACGUUGCCCGUGAUAGCCACCAUCUUUGACAAACUCAACCAGGAAUAUAAGAAGUACCCGGACGCUGAGCAGUUACACAAUGGUAAGUAGUAUGUACACCUUACA